UGCUGUGCAGCUGUACCAUUAGCAGCUCUCUACUCCCAAACCCUAGUUUUUAGCCCCUCGCUAUAAGACCCGCGCCAAACCCUAAUCGCUCCGCACUCGUCAGCCGAAAAUGUCGAAGCGAGGGCGCGGUGGAUCGGCGGGGAACAAAUUCCGCAUGUCGCUGGGUCUCCCGGUGGCGGCGACGGUGAACUGCGCCGACAACACGGGAGCCAAGAACCUAUACAUCAUAUCUGUGAAGGGGAUCAAGGGCAGGCUCAACCGGCUGCCGUCGGCGUGCGUCGGGGACAUGGUGAUGGCCACCGUGAAGAAGGGGAAGCCCGAUCUGAGGAAGAAGGUCAUGCCCGCGGUCAUUGUCAGGCAGCGCAAGCCGUGGCGGCGAAAGGACGGCGUCUUUAUGUACUUCGAAGAUAAUGCUGGUGUCAUUGUCAAUCCGAAGGGGGAAAUGAAAGGGUCGGCUAUUACUGGUCCAAUUGGGAAGGAAUGUGCCGAUCUGUGGCCUAGGAUUGCUAGUGCAGCCAAUGCUAUUGUCUAAAGCUGUUACUUCUUGUCUUGGAAGUCCCUGUUGAUGGAAAGGUUUUAUGUUUUUCUUAAAUUUUGUUAGGACAGUUGUAGGCUCUAGUUUUGCUGGAAGGUGAUUGAGAUGUGUUUUAGCGGGCAUUUUAGAUCGUACAAAUGUUAUUGUUUGCGAUAUUCCAUUGUUUCAUUUGGCUGUUUAAACUUCCAGUUUUCAAAAUUGGUUUCAGAUUUGUACAAAUGUUAUUGUUUGCGAUAUUCCAUUGUUUCAUUUGGCUGUUUAAA